CUCCUCCCCCUUUCCUCGGCGUCCUCAGAGCCGUUGUUGUCGUCGUCGUGCCCGAUGGCCGCCUACCCUCGCAUGGAUGCCUACCAACGCUCCCGGUAUGAGCAAGGCAUCGACGCGAAGAUCGUGGUCAUGGGCAACACAGGCGUUGGCAAGACUAGCCUUCUGCAACGUUACACCCAGAACAAGUUUGACCCGAAGAACACAACUUCCACGACCGGCGCCUUCUUCGUCACCAAGAAGGUCUAUGUGAAUGGUGUCAAAGUGCGGUUGCAACUAUGGGAUACCGCGGGCCAGGAGAGGUUUCGCAGCAUGGCACCUAUGUACUAUCGUGGCGCGAACGCGGCCCUCCUCCUGUACGACAUCACCAGCAUAGUUUCCUUCGAAGAUGUUAAAGGGUGGUUGGAAGAACUCAAGAAAAACUGUUCGACAGAUCUCAUAAUCUACAUUGUCGGUUCCAAAGCAGACUUACAGCAUCACCGCCAGGUAUCAUCUGACCUCGCACGUUUAUCCCUCCAACGCUGGUUUCCUCCACCCCGGCCACCAACGCCACCGCCACCGCCCAACCCUCCAUCCACUUUUUCUUAUAUCCGGCCACGCUUUACUUCUUUCACCUCCAUACGCUCUGCACCUCUUGCCACACCUGUCCCUCCUUCACAGCUACCAAGGCAAUCCCCACCAGAGUCGAACUCCUCCGCAGAAAGCAGUGCGCAGAUGUCUGGCAUCUCGCCGGGUGCUGGGGUCGCGUUUAAUCGAGCGUCGGCACUCAGAAGAGCGAACACAGGCACAGCACACGUUAGUGGUGCUAAGUCGACAAGUGCUUUACUCAACAGGGCCAAGAGCACAAACGGCGUGCCAAUCUCUAGAACCGGCGGGGCGUUGGCGCGCGCGAUUGACGGAAACGGUGUAGUUGGCAACGGCAGGACCUACGGAGGUCCAGAUUAUGGAUAUGCGGAUGUGGAUAGUCACAGUCUGAUUGGGGAGCACGAAGAAGAAGAGGAGACAGAUGAUCGUGAGUGGGGCCUAGAGAAGGGGAUGGAACUUUUCGAAGUCUCUGCGAAGGAUGAUUUGGGUGUCCAAACACUAUUUGACUCCCUUAUCGGGGCGAUUAUCGAAAAGAAAGACGCCAUAGAGCAGGAGAACGAGAUGAAGAAGCGAGAUAGUGUGUUUCUGUCAAGCCUUCCCGCAUGGGACGCCCAAGCGGAAGAGGAAGAGGCAAGAGAGAAGGCCGCUUCUUCGCGCACCGGAGGCUGGAGCUGCUGCCAGACAUGAAGCGCUCUGCACCUCUCGGCCACACAUGGCACGCCCACUCACACCUUUACACCGAGUAACAGUCAUGGCGCCCUUACCCUUCGAGUUUCCACUUGUCCCGCCGCUCCCUCCACUCAUCCUUCCACGUUCUUGAUUCACGCCUCUCUACCAGCUCUGUGCCAUUAUCCAGCAACGAUUGGCCCGCAGUCGUUCCCGCAUCGUGUUCCGGUUUCGAUCUCACCAUUUCCAUAUCCCAAAAGCCCCUUCCAAUAUCCCAGUCGGACUCCCUCCAUCGUAUCUCUCAAGGCUGCCAAUACCUCCGGCCAUAUCAGGACAAUCACCUCUCAACGUGCUCGGCCGUCUCAGGUCCUGCUCCAGCUACAACGUCCCCUGAAUAGGGAAAGAACUAGCUUUGUUCUUCACUUCCAGUCCCGCUAUUCUGCUAUCUAUGUGUUCCGAUUGCAUCGGCUUUACAUUAGCCUGCACCCUCUGAUUUUCUCUUCCCCCACGCCACCGAUUGGUCUUCAUACUUCUCCAUACAGUCAUACCUCCUGUUCGUUUCUUGUCAACGACAUGUGACAGUAUUGCUUCUUCCAGGAUUGAUAUCCCUUCUAUGCCCAACACCCAUGUUCUUCGUACCCAUCUCCUCCCUCGCGUCUGUAACGCCCACAAGAUAUCGCUCCAGCAUGCACUUCCGCAUCCUCUCGCAUCCCAUCCAAUUUCCUUCUCAUCAUCGAUCAUUCCAUCAUCAAUUUCUCUUUCUUUAUGCCUAACGACCCUCAUACCUCUCCGCGUUUCUUUUUCCUAUCUUCCCAUGACUCCUCGUGUGCCUCUUUUGAUCUCCUGACUUAUCACCUUUAUUCUACUAUCGGUCUACCGUUGGCCCCUUUUCCCAUUCUUGGUCCCGUCACAUACACUCUCGCCAUCGUGCUUGCUUCCUGCACCACUGUUCUGUUUUCUCCGUUUGGUCUACUAUGUUUCGUUCUCUCGAGCUAUCGAUCUAUUCUCCUCUCCUCUCCAUCCACGUACUCGGUACAUACUGCGUAUUGUACAUAUCAUCAUAUUGUCUAUAUUGUUACCAUCCUGCAUACCCUGUCCACCCUUGAUUAUGGCUCUAUUUUCAGUUAUGAUCCGUCCAUCUCUGCUCGCCCGCAAUCUUAUACAUCUCGC